AGUCCGCUAAAAGCUCUGUUGUGUAAAAGACCUAGUCCCAACUCCCAAGCGUCCGAGGACAGCCCAACUCGCGUCACUCGCCUGUAUCGCGAAAUUAUUCGCGAAAGCAGAAGACGGACACCUCAUCCAGCGAGCCUGACGAGGGACCGAUUCACGAAAACGACGAAGUCGAAGGACAGCACUUGACUGGACGAAGCCGAGAAACUCCGUCACUCACGAACGCCUUUCGGCGGUUCGAGACUCGGAAGUCGGAACGCCGACCGUCAAGCCGCCCAGUCACCGACGCAGCAACGGCUGCGACGCUUGAUUACUUCCGACCGGCGCCCGUCCCUGCCCCUUCUCAGUGUACCUGCGAUCCGAUUCCUCCCAACUUCCCAGAAUCCUAGCCCCUCCGGCCCUUCGACCCCCUGCCCUCCGGUGCAUUCUGCCUGCUGCUGUUCCUGGAAGGAGUUUGAACUGCUACUUUAUUAAUUGGAAGUGUGAUUUUUGGCCAUAGCUCAUUCGUAUCCUGGUUAUGCCUUCCCAGUUAUUUGUAUCAGAUUGAAAACAUAUCUGGAAUAAAAGGUCCAAAGUUGGCGGAUGUGUACUUCUCCUAAAUUAAUGUUCUAUUGUGAUAUUUGAGGGGUUUCUUGAAGAAUGCUAGUGAGGCGUGCGUCUUGGAGCUACGUUUCUUCUUCCCGCAGCUUCUCUUCGUUCACGUCUUCCAGUUUUCUCAAGUGUGGGGAUGUUCUGAAGCAAGCUCAGGUGUUUACAGAUGCAGAUGUGCUUGCUUACUCUAGAAUGAGCCAUGACACAAAUCCUUUGCAUUUUGACCCUGAAUGGGCCAAGGCUGCUGGAUUCAAUGACAGGGUUGUUCCUGGAAUGCUCGUCGCCUCCUUAUUUCCAAGAACCAUUGCUUCAAAUUUCCCAGGAGCUGUAUAUGUUUCUCAAACAUUACACUUCAAGUUGCCGGUGUACAUCGGAGAGCAGAUAGUUGGCGAAAUAUGGACAAAAAAUAUCAAGGAUCUGAAAACGAAACAUGUGGCCAAGUUCUCCACAAAAUGCUUCAAGCACGAUGGCUCUCUAGUUAUUGAUGGCGAGGCAACAGCUAUUUUGAGGAAUCUGAAGGCAGAGCAAGUGUAAUUGGUGCAGUAUUUAAUUAAAAUUGGGUGGUGAUUUGUAGAACAGCCAUUAUCGAUUAAUAUAGUAAAAAAUUGAAGUUUAAACUAUGAAGAAAUUCAGUAUAGGAGUGCACAUCAUCUUUCUAGUCCAGCACUUACGCUUGUACGAUAGUACUACGUAUUAAUUUGCCACAUAAAAUUCAGUAUGCUGGCUCAUUUUUUCAAAAAUAAGGCCACUUUGUGUAUGUGGGAAGCAAAUUUUAACCGUCAAC